UAAAGAUAUUGAUAAAUAGCCUGAAAUGCGGGACAUGCAGUUCAGCAACCAAAUAAAAUUAUGAUCAUAGCCUCGGUGUUGGAAAUCUCAGUGAUGAAGAUCGCCAACAGGAGAAGGGGAGCGCCGAAGCUAGAUUCUUUUUCAACCUUUUAAACCCUAAACACCAAAAAAGAACCAUUACCGGGAGCAACUAGAGCUUGACGCGGAAGAGGCAGGUGCUGCUGCGACUUCAGGCAAAUAAAGAUUGAUUGUUGCAGCAGAAGCCAGAUAAAAUGGAGAUAGUGUGUCCUUCGAUCUUCUUGCGUAGGAGACAGACGGAAGCUUUAGAGGUUUUGACUUGCAGAUUAAUGAAAUAGGGAAGUUUAUUUGCAACCGAGUUUUCUAAACAGCACAGAAGGACAGAGUUUAAAUUAAAAUUUAGGACAUGACAUAAGUAAUAAGAGGCGUUUUGUGCGUUGGAGCUGUGAAAACCUCUAAAAAAAACAUAGUUGAAUCUUUGUCUAAAUAUAACCUGAGCUCGCUUGGCGCAGCUCAUUUCUCUCGAACAAAAAAGAGACGUUACCUCAGCCUCCAAUUUUCUGACGCGCUGCUGCUCAUAAUCGGUCGCGUUGCCUCGAAAUUUCUAAAAUAUUUCCCCGAUCAUCGUCCGGACGGCGGCCUGGCUUUGGCUUUCGCAGGUCGAGAUUUGUGGAUUAGGUUUUUCGUGCCGCCCAAAGGUUGGUUCUUGUUGGCAGAGGUUUUCGGAGCCAGGCAUUGGCGAUGAGGAGAAUGAAUGCAUAGCUGCAACUGCGGAUCUGAAUCUUAAUCUUGGUCGUCCUGGUUCUCCUGGCUCUUGCAGUUUUGAUAUGAGUUCCGAUCUGUCUUCAAUCUCGUUAACACGGACGGUUUCCUCCGAUUCCAACGAAAGAGGUGAUCUUCGACAUGAGAUUCUCCCUUUUGAUCUUAAUUAUGAACCUUGUGAGGAGACCGAAGGACUCAGCAUUGUUGAAUCGAUGCCAGAAAUAGCGUGUUCCCCAAACGUAAGGCAGCAAGCACCAGCAGCAGUUGUAGCCCCAGAUAGUUCUGAAAAGGAAGAAGAGGAGAGACAUAGACGCGCAACUAACUUUGAGUGUAACAUCUGCUUUGAUAUAGCCAAGGAACCUGUUGUUACGUCAUGUGGCCAUCUCUUUUGCUGGCCUUGCUUGUAUUUAUGGCUUCAUGUUCAUUCUAAACAUAAGGAAUGUCCAGUAUGUAAGGGAGAGGUGACUGAAGCUAGUAUAACUCCUAUAUAUGGGAGAGGGUGCUCCAGAUCUGCUAAUGAGAAUAAGGAUGAAGGAAACAGUGCCGCAGGCAUCUCAAUUCCAUGGAGGCCCCGUGGCAAUCGGCUAGAGAGUCGGAGGCAGAAUUUUGACCGAAAUUCACGAUUCGUUGGAGCUGAAAUUACAAACUCUUGGAGACUUUAUGAAAAUGAUCAGAUACAUAAUAGGAGCGGAUUUAUUGGGCGUGAAUAUGUUCUUAUGAAUGAGAUGUUGGCUGGAGAUCCUUCCAUUCAUACCAGUUCUAGGGCCAGAAGACUUGAACAAGGGAAUACCGAAGAUGGACCAACAACUAUGGAAGGAAGAUUUCAAAGAGAAGAUGAAUCCGUUCUAAGAGAUAGUGGUACAGAGUCGAUUCCCAAUGAAAUUGAUACUGGGCGGGGGGCAUAUAUUUUUCCUACCAUUGAUAGUUUGGUUCGCAUACCCAUAGCUGGGGCAGGACCAUCUGCUGAUCAGGCUUCUGCUUCAACUUCGAUGACUGAGAUUAUUAAUGAAUGUUCUGCUAGAGAUGACUCAACAGAACCACAUAGCGGCCGAUCUUUUAGCCCAUACCAAAGAAUAAGGAGAAGCAAUUCUUCUAGCUCUUCUGAUGAUGGUGGAAACCGCUGGACUCGUAAGAGGAUAAGGCUUCCCUGA